AUGACCGAUGGGGGGAGGUCUGCGAUAGCGAUGACGACGGCGACUGACUGGUCGUUGGGCGGUCUGUGGGACGGACGUAGUCUGGAGUGCUUGUUUUUAUACCCCGAUUUGUCCUCGUUGUAUGUGCGCGCCCUGUACCAUCUGCUGUGCAUCAAAGUCGUGCUGCGCAGCCGUUGUUUCUCACAUAUCACGAGUCGAGCCGUUCAAGGAGACGUGACUGCUGCGGCGUCGGAGCCGGUGCCUUCGACGUUCACCGGUCGGUCACUCUGUCGGUCGGCUCGGCUCGGCUCCAGUACAGGACGCAAGCACGGUAGUGUUGAGUCCGAGCGACCUGGCAUGCCGGACCGACUUCUCCGGUUGUUUUUUGAGGUUCUUGUAUACGCAUGUGAGUGA